AUGUGGCGCGGGAUGGAGACUCGCGGGUCGCCAAAGCACAGGGAUUCUGGGAGGAAGAUGGCCCUGUUGUACGGACUUGUCCAAGAUUCCGUGCUGCGUCACCUGUGCAGGUACGGGAGCGGUCAGUCGCAGCCGCACUUGUGGCAAAUCUACCUGGGCAUCACGUCGCCCAUCAGCCUCGCGACGCCCACCGAGGAGGAGGUUCGCUCCAGCGACCUCCUGCAGGAGGCCCUGCAGCAGCUGAAGGUGUUCGAGGAAGUCGUGGAGCUGGAGCAAAGGCUGGCCGUCUUGGGCAAGCUGAACCACAUGGUGAACCGGUGGGUCCAAGACUUUGCUGAAGCCAAGGAGCUCUCGCCGAGCAUCAUUGAGAACAUUUCCGCAAAGAUCUGUACUUUCGGCUCGUUCCGGCUGGGCGUCCACAAUAAAGACGCAGAUAUCGACGCGCUGUGCGUCGCUCCGCAGCACGUCGAUCGAACCGACUUCUUCACUUCCUUCUGCGAGCUGCUGAAGGAGACGAAUGGCGUGACGAGCAUACGGGCGGUGGAAGAUGCCUUUGUGCCUCUCAUCAGAUUUCAGUUUGAUGGCAUUGAGAUCGACCUCCUCUUCGCGAGACUGAACAUGCAGAGCAUUCCCAAGAAACUUGACUUGCGAAACGACAACAUCCUGAGAAACCUCGACAUCCGCUGCAUCCGGAGCCUCAACGGUUGCCGCGUGACGGACGAGAUCCUGCACCUGGUGCCCAACGUGGAAACGUUCCGCCUCGCCCUGCACGCCGUCAAGCUGUGGGCGAAGCACCACGGCCUGUACUCGAACAUCCUGGGCUUCCUGGGCGGCGUCUCGUGGUCCAUGCUCGUGGCCCGGAUCUGCCAGCUCUACCCCUGUGCCACGGCGUCCACGCUCCUACACAAGUUCUUCCUUGUCUUCUCCCAGUGGGAGUGGCCGAAGCCCGUGCUGCUGAAGCAGCCGGAGUUCAGCCGCCUCAACCUGCCGGUGUGGGACCCCCGGGUGAACCCCACGGACCGCUGCCACCUGAUGCCAAUCAUCACGCCUUCGUACCCCCAGCAGAACUCCACCUACAACGUCACCGUCUCCUCCCGCGCCAUCGUCACCGCGGCGUUGCGGGAAGGCUUGGUGGUCACUCACCAAAUCCUUCUAGGACAAGCAGGCUGGGACAAGCUGUUCGAAAUCCCCAACUUUUUCCAGAAAUACAAACAUUUCAUCGUGCUCACCUCGCAUGCUGCAAAACAAAAACAGCACUUGGAAUGGAUCGGCCUCGUCGAGUCAAAAAUCCGCAUCCUGUUGGCCAACCUGGAGAGGAACGACUUCAUCUCGCUCGUUCACAUCAACCCCAAAGCCUUCCCUGACCCUGUCAAGAACGAAGCGGGUGGCGAGCAUGUGCAGCGCUGGUUCAUUGGGAUCGUGUUCAAGAAGAGCGAGAGCUCGCCCAAUAUCAGCGUGGACCUGACGCAGGACAUCCACAGCUUCAUGGACACUGUGUACAAACAGGCGGCGACCAUGAACGUGUCCAAGGGGGACAUGAAGAUCGAAGCCGCUCACCUCAAGAAAAAGCAGCUGGUCCCCUUCCUCCCCGCGCACAUCCUGCAGAAGGAGGGUUUGAGCGAGGGCGCGCGUGGAGCGCCCAAGUCCGUCUCCAAGCAGCAGCUGCGCCGUGCCGACAAGGAGCGCCGCGCGAAGGUCCAAGGCGCCCAGCAGCGGCCCGCCGGCCUCCCGCAGGCGGCCGCGACGUCGCCGCAGUGCGCCGCCGACCCCGAGGACUUCCCGUGCGCCGAAUUGGCGGUGGCAGCGCUGCGCGAGGGGCCCCCCGCGACUGCGUCCGGGCGCAGAUCGCCCCUCGCGGGGUCCCUGCCGGAGCCCCCCACCCAGCGCGAAGGGCGGCCCGGCCCCACCGCCGCCGCCGCCUCCCCGGACCGGGCGAGCCACUCUCCGUCGGCGCCGCCGCCGCCGUCGGCGUUGCCGUCGGCGCUGGCGUCUGUCGUCAGCACGAGCUCCCCGCUAAAGCGGCCGUGCAGCGCCGUGCCCGAGGGCGAGCCCCGGAGCCCCUUCAAGAGGCCCAAGCAGCAGGACUCCCCCACUUCAGAAAAGCCCAGGCAAGGAGGUCACCCCGCCAUCGUCUCCUGCCACGAAGGCCACGCGAUGCGAGCAGCUUGCGAGCAACGAGCUCCCCGAGUUCGUGUCCCCGCUGCCGGCGCGGCAGAUGAAGUUUGUGCGGAACCCCAUCCGCCUGCGCCUCAACCGCUAGUGCCGUCGCCCCGCGCCGCUCCGCCGGCACCCGCGGCCACGACGCCUCCCUGGGAGCGCCGCCCUCGCUCCCCACGCGGCCUGCGCCGCGCCAAGCCACCCGGAUCGCAAGCGCCGCCCGUCGCGGGGAUUGACGGAGACCUGACGGAAUCGAGCGGUGCGACGAUGACUGGAUGUCGCGGGAGACCUCUGAUUCAUUCCAGCUGGCGCACCGUCACUUGCCAACAUCUAAUAACUCCCGAAAGCAGGAAUAUAUAACCGGGAAUUAGAAAGUCAAACACACACACGCGCGCGCGCACACGGGCCAACUCUCAGUCGUCCCACAUUCAAAAAUUUGAUGACGAGAGCUGCCGUGCGUGUGGUUUGACGGCAUCGCACGGAACGGUGGGGUGUACGCGGUCUUCGCGGGUUGGAGCCGCUCGCUUCCGCGGUCGGUGCGGUCUCGAACGUCAAGCGAUGACUUUUUACGCCACGGGGUGGCAGCAAGUGUUUUAGUGAUCCGUGUCGCUGCAGGCAUCUAGCGCUCACUGCCUACAGGAAGACAAACGGUGACCCCCCUGACCACCACAGCCCCCCUGUGUUACUACCCCAGGCGUUUGGCACACAAAGCAAAAGGCCUCGAUGUGUGAGGGUUUAAGGGGUUGGGGAGGGGGGGGGUAGAGAAAAAAAAUCUAAAAAUGAAAAAAAAAUAUUAGUUUCACUUUAAAAUGUAGAAAUACAGUAUUUACUUAAAUUUUUUUUUUGUAUAGAGUCGUUUGUAAGUAUAUAUUUUGUCAAAUGUUUAAAUAAUGAAAGUAACUUAUUUUAUUUACCUUGAGUGGACCCUGUGGCUAGUACGGAUUGACAGGCCAUCGAGGGCAGAGUGUGUGUGCGCGUGUGCGUGUGUGUGCGCGUGUGUGUGUGCGUGUGUGUGCGAUGUCAUGGUGAAACAUUCAGGAAUGUGUUUUUUUAAAUACCUUAACCUCAGUGCAAAAUAAUCAACUUUAUUUUGCACUGUCUGCACUUAGUUUACCAUGCAUUCGGUUAAAUUAGCGAAAUCCCUCGGCAUAAUAUGCAAGCCACUCCAGUGCUACCACACAGCCAAGCUCACAGCAAGACUGCGCAAGCUGUUUUAACCUUACAAGGUGCAACGGAUGUCUUUUUAUUACAUCUCUGGGAUAUCUCAAUGUACUACUUUUUGUUUUCUUUGUUAAACUUCUACUGCGCUCUUGGAUACAAUUCCAAUUCAUGAAGCCAAAAUGUUACCCGAUGUACUGUAACAAGAGACCACGUGGGUCUGAGGCAGCGUCAACACUUGGACACCUUGUGAAGCAGCAGCAGCAGGAGGUGGCUGGGUAGUUUCAGUGGCUCCGUUUCCCCCAAGAUGCUUUGACAGCACCGAGGAGAACCUGGUGCUCCCAGAUAUUUCCCAUAACUCACAUGUGGUAUCAUAUAUUUCCUUCUUUACCACCUCACGUAAAAAACACAGUCUUCGUGUAUUGGGCUUUUGGUUGAACUGGUGGUAUGAAUGGAAAAAAAAACAUCGUUUUCUUUGCAACCAAUAAACUAUCAGUGACUCGUAAGUCACAAGGUGAGGGCAGGUUCUGGCCGUGAUGUACUGCUGUGUUGUCGCAGAAGGUUUGGGGAUGGAACGGCCCUUGAAUUGCUAAUUAUGCCCAACAGAGCAACCAAUUAGCUUGUCCCUCCUAUCCUUCUAAGCUCACCUCUGCAACACCACCGCGUGAGUGACACCCCCGUUAUCCGCAUCGCCGUGCUGGUCACUAUAUCCGCGCCAUCACAUCUUGUACUAUAAGACAACAUUGUUCAACUUUAAGUCGUUCUCAAAUGAAGUCUAAUAAAUGGCUUAAACGCUGGACAACAAACGUGUGUACACGCCUCGAUACAAUUUGCACUUUGGAAGGAGUUGCUGGCAAAGUUUUUUCGGCAGUAACGAUGAGCGGCUCGCCACGGGGAAGCCUUGCCUCGUUAAAUACCAACUCGGAUUUCAUCUGCUACAGCAAGUUUGUAACUGUUGACUGGAUGCAUGGUCGUUUGCACUUUGGGGAAUUAAAAUUGGUACACAUCAGCAGAAGUGUGCUCGUGGGAAUGUUUUUUGUAUUUGUUCUGUCUUUGACACCUCGACAGGAAAGUGCAGUGUCUGGGAUGACAGUCCAACCAAUCGCUCCCCUUGAUAUUCAUUGGAUCGUCCCGCUUUGGGGUCUUCCAUUUGUUUCUGUAUCCACUCCCUUGUCGGCAUUCUUCUUCUGUCGCACGGCUGCUGAUGUCGAUGAGAGCAACGACUUCGAUCUCACAUCCAGGUGAUCAAGCCCAGGUCAUCGCGUCGGGAGCGGCGAAAAGUAGAAGUGUAUCGACAUCGUCGCCGCCGCGAUGUCUCCGUAUUUGUGGAUCGGGAAUUGCGUCGUUACGCGUUGUACAGUUCUGUUCUGGAUGACCGCAGUCGCACACCGGACCGUUUUAAACGUUCCAUUUGUGCAUCAGGUGUCCAUCUCUGGCAUGGUUUGUGCAGUGGAUGCGAUGUAGGGUGGACCGCGAGCUUCGUGAAAGAAUGAACCCAGCGAUAUUCUGCGUUGGCUCUUUCACAAGAAAGAGUGUGUGUGGAAGGGGGAGCAUCUUCACUGCUGGGAUCUGUCAACCAAUUCCAGCAAUGCCUAUAAAUAACACGAUGUCACACAAUUUUUGUUCCUGGGUAGGAAGUGUUAUUUCCUAAUUGCUUACGCCUAAAAAGUAUAGAAAAUGCUAUUAUUCCCCACAAACUUUGCUUUUGUGACCAGGACAGUGAUAUUUUAAAAUUUACCUAUUUUCCAUGAGAAAACGAGCGAAUUUUUAUCUUUUCGUUCAUAUAAAGUCAGAAAAAAAACAUGAAUAAAAAUGUACAUGUAUUUAUACUAAAGUAAUACAAAGUUUACUACAAAAUAUUUAGAAGUUACUAGUUUUUCGAGAUUUACGAUUAUACUGGAAAUCACUUUCACGAAACAGCCCCCAAAUUUAGUCUCCCAUCAUGUUCUCGUUAUACUGUCCUUGUAGAAGUAGCAGUUGCUUGAGUGGUCAGUGGGUUCCCACCAAAUUCUUGGGAUAGCGAA